UGCAAGACGGACGACAAAGAGAGCGUCACGUGACACUCUAACGUGGAGUGCGUGUGCGCUUUGAGAAGAAUUGGUGGGCCCAGUAGGCGACGUUGGCAACCAACGACGUCCUCCCAAGCCUCCUUGUGUCUCUCUUAGGGCUGUUUCCCGGUUGUCUUUUGACUCUUUUUUUUUCUUCUUCUCCUUCUCUCCUCCAGCGAACAACGAUGGCGGCAGCACCCAACCCUUCCAGCAUCGCAGUAUCGGCUGGCAAGGCACCUGCGCCUCUCCAGGGUGGUGUUGUGCGCUCGGCCCCCUCAGGAGACACACUCGUCAUUCGUCCGAGGGGAGUCGUCACGCCCGGGGGUGAAAAGACGAUCCACAUUGCAGGCAUCGCAGCGCCCAGGCUCGGCAGCCGGGAGCGCGAAGACGACCCCUUUGCGUUCCCAUCGAGAGAGUUCCUGAGAAAGCUCUGCGUCGGUAAAGAAGUGCGCUAUCGAGUAGAGUACAAUGUCCCGGUCCCCGGCGGUGGUGUCCGGGAGUUUGCCCACGUCUACUUGCCACCCGAAGGCGCAAGCGCCCCGGACACCAAUGUGUCGCACAAGAUUCUCACCGCAGGCUGGGCAAAGGUACAUGAUUCGAACUCGCGCCGAAACAACGAAAAUGCAGCGACGCCCGAGGAGGACGAGACCGGGGGCUGGAAAGCGACGCAGCGCUCUAUCCAGGAGACGGCCCAGUCAGCCUCGCUGGGCAUCUGGGGACCCGAUGACCUGCUGCACGUGGACCACAGCAUGGGCGACGCAGCGGCGUUCCUGGCCGAAUGGAAGGGAAAGGAGGUCGAGAGCGUCGUCGAGCAGGUCCGCGAUGGCUCGAUGCUCCGUGUGCGCAUGCUGACCGGCAGCCGGCACCAUCAGAUGGUCAAUCUCAGCCUGGCGGGCAUCAAGGCGCCCCGACUCAUGGGUGGCGGAGGCCCCAACUCGGGCGAGCCAUCAGAGCCGUUUGCAGAGGAGGCGCGCUUCUUUGUCGAGAGCAGGCUCAUGCAGCGCAACGUCAAGGUCAUUGUCCUCGCCAUGCCUCAGCCCCUCACCCAGGCCGUCAACCCGCUGGGUUCGGCCGCUUCGGCCCCACCGCAGCCCCCAAUGCAGUCGUCGGUGCUCAUCGGUCAGGUGCUGCAUCCCGUCGGCGACAUUGCCCAAUUCCUCCUCGCCGCCGGUCUGGCCAGGUGCGUCGACUGGCACUCGGGCCUCCUGGCUAGCGUUGGCGGCAUGGAAAAGUACCGACUGGCAGAAAAGGCGGCAAAGGCCAAACGUCUGGCCAUCUGGAAGGACUACAGCCCACCGCCGCGAGCUGCCGAUGCCACGGGGCCUGGUGCUCCGGCCCAAAGGAGAUUCGAAGCCACCGUCGUCCGAGUCAUCUCGGGCGACACGAUUCACGUGCGCAGGCAGUCGGCGCCCGAGCAGCGCAUUCACCUGUCCUCAGUGCGACAACCCAACAUCAAGGACCCAAAGCUGGUGGGCUACGCAAACGAGGCACGAGAAGCGCUACGCAAGCGCCUCGUUGGCAAGGCGGUCCAGGUGCACAUCGACUACGCAAAGAAAGACGAGGGCAAUGGCGAGGAGCGAGUGUAUGCCACCGUCAAGACGACCACGGGUUCCAAGGAAGCUCGUGGCCAGGAUGUCGGCGAGAUGCUCAUCUCUCGAGGUCUGGCCACCGUCAUUCGCCAUCGGGCCGGCGACGAGGAUCGCUCGCCCGAGUGGGACCGCUACAUGGCGUCCGAGGCAGAGGCCAUCCAGGCCACCAGGGGCCUGCACUCGGGCAAGGAGGCCACCGCGCCGAGGCUCAUUGAGGCCUCCGAGUCGGCAUCCAAGGCCAACACCUACCUGCCCGUCCUCAAGCGCCAGGGCCGGAUCCAUGCUGUCGUCGACUUUUGCGCUAGCGCAAGCCGGUUCAAGAUCGUCGUGCCAAAAGAGUCGUGCAGGCUCACCUUUGUCCUCGCCGGCAUCCGCGCACCCCGGACGGCGAGAAAUGCAAGCGAAAAGGACGAGCCAUACGCCCGCGAGGGCUUCGACUUCACCACCACGCGAGCCCUCCAACGCGAUGUCGAGGUGGAAGUGUACUCGACGGACAAGGCUGGUGGCUUCAUCGGCGCGCUCUGGCUCAACAAGACCGAGAACCUCGCCGUGAGUCUCGUCGAGUCUGGUUGGGCGAGCGUGCACCAGUACAGUGCAGAGGGCAUCUCCUUUGGCAGCCAGCUCAUCGAGGCCGAGAAGCGCGCCAGGCGGGCCAAGGUGGGCAUGUGGGUCAACGAGACCGACGAGGAGCAGCACGAGUCUGUGGGAGACAUUGCCGUGCCCACCGCCGGUGCCAAUGGCUCAGCCUCCGCGUCGGCCGCAGCUGCACCGAGAAAGGCCGGCUGGGGUGUCCCGGCAGCAGCGGCAGCGCCUGCUCAGGCCCGGUCAGAGUACGUGGACCUGUAUGUGUCCGAUGUCCGUGGUGGAAGUGGCGAGGUGCCCUUUGGCUUCUCGGUCCAGAUUCUCGACGCUGAGAUCAGCAAACUGGAGACGCUCAUGUCGGACUUGGCCUUGCACCACAAGGCGGCCACGACUGCCUUCAGCUCUGGAUUCGCACCCAAGGUCGGCGACUGGGUCAGUGCCAAGUUCAGCGGCGACGGUGCGUGGUACCGCGGCCAGAUCCUCCGGAACAAGGCGGCUUCCAAGUCGAAGGAGGUCCGCUUUGUCGACUAUGGUAACAUCGAAGACGUUGCCGUCAGCGACAUUCGGCCGCUAGAAGCUGCCCGAUUCGGCAAGACCAGGCUGCCCGCGAAGGCCAUCGAGGCUCGACUGAGUUUCGCCAAGCUCUACGCUCCGCAACCUCAGCCUGGCGCAGCAGCUGCAAGCGCAUCGACCGACGAGUACGCGCAGGAGGCCAUCGAGCGCUUCCGGGACCUGACGGAGGGCAAGAAGCUGAUUGCCAACAUCGACUACCGCGAGCCCUCUGGUCUGCUACACCUGACGCUGUACGACCCCAACGACCCUGCAAGCAUCUCCUCCGGCAAGGCCGAGGCCUGCCUCAACUUCGAUCUCGUCCGGGAGGGGCAUGCGCUGCCUGAUGCCAAGGUGCCCUACUGGCCCGCCUAUCCCAGCAUGGUCAAGGUGGCCCAGGAGGCCAACACCGAAGCACGCAGGAAGCACCGUGGAUGCUUUGAGCUGGGUGACCCGACUGGAUAUGAAUGAGGCUGCCCUGUUUCCCGUUGUCGUCGUCGAUCAAAAAAAAGAACAACAACAUCACCAUCAUAAUCAUCAUCCAAAGUAAAAUAGUACAAUGCAUCUCAUUCUCAUUGCUGC